GAUUGCCCACCCCUGCAUUAGUGUUUUAAAACAUUAAUUAACCAUCGUGAAAGAUUGAUGAGAAAAGCGGCUGCUUGCUUUGCCCUAGCUGUUAGCUCAUGGACCCUCAUGCACCUUUUUUCAAAGUGACACAAGCGCUGGGUAGUUUCGCUUUUUGGGUGUUUUUUGCAGGGGGGAAAUCCGCGCACAGCUCAGAGUGCGGCAGGAGGGAGCGACUGGAGGUCCGCUCACUUUCUCUCCGGCUAGUAAGCGCAUAUAGUAUACAGUCCCGGGAACGAUGCGGCGGAUUACUGCGGUCGCCGUCCUGCUCAUCGCCGCGGCGGCGUGCCCCGUCUGCGCAUCACCCGGACCGUCAGUGUCAUGCUGCCUGUCCGUGUCUAACAGGGCGAUACACCGACACAGGAUCGCAGGAUACACCGUGCAGGAGGCAGGACUGUGCCCGGUCAGGGCUGUCGUGUUCCACACCCGACACGGGAAGAUCGUGUGUGCGGAUCCCGACCGAAAGUGGGUGAGGCGGGCGAUGCGGAGGUUGAAUGAGGCGCUGGAGAAGGCAGGAACGACGGCUGGGGGGUACUGAGGAAGAACGAAGGAGAGAGGAAGAGGAGGGACGGGAUCUGCGCGCUUUGUCCUCAGCGCACGGGGGUGUGCUGAGAAGGUCCUGCAUGGCCAUGAGUCCAUGCUGCGCUUGUCCUCCUCGGAGGGAGAUUCUCCCCGGGAGAAUCCGGCGUCUUUCUCUGUCAAACAACCUGCUGGCGGGUUAGGGAAACGCUGUUCAGAAAACUGCAUUUUCCAGCUGGUAACUUUAAAUCAGCUACUGCUAACUGGCAAUAAAAGCCUAGGGCACAAUGGCAAUCUUGCAUUUUUAGUGAUAUUUCUCUAUGCAUGCAUGCAUCUAUCCGCUUUAUGAGACCACUUGUCUAACAGUUGGGGCUUUAGCCUUACGUACCACCAGAACUGAGGUACAUGGUUGCCAACUUUGGUAAGCUGACUGGAGUGAGAUUUUCAAUCAGAAACAAGCCUGCACACUCAUUUACAUGUACUUAACAGAUUUAUUACCUAGGAGUCAGUGUGUGGCUUAAUGGACUAAGCCUCUUUGUGUCAGGGUCAGCACCAGUUUGUCUUGCAUCUUCUCCCCGUUUGGCCAGCAGGUAUCGCUGGCCAUCCUGUCUUCCCCUGUUGUCCUAGUCCCCAAUUUGUUAAUUGUCUGUCUCACUCCUGCAUGCUGUCUCGUUACCCAGUUCAGUUUCAGUAUUUAAGUCCCUGCCUCAGUUCAGUUCCCCAGUGGCACAUUGUAUGAAAUGUAUGUUGUUGGAUGUCAGUGAAGUUUGGAUGUUCUGGUAUUUCUAACCCGCCUGCCCACCCUUUGUUGCCCUGACCCUUUUUGUAAAUUAGUCUUUGCUUAUCCCUUUUAGUUCUGACCCCUCGAGGUCUGUUUUUGUUUGUAAUGUUUUCAGUUUUGUUUCAAUAAACCUUUGUUGUCUUGCGGAGCCGCCAGUGGGUCGUCCACCUAUCUGCCUGCUUCAUGCCUCAUCCACGCACCAAAUC